CUUGUCCAUGUCUUUAUAUGAAAAAGUAUAAAAGGGAAUGAUUUCUCCUUUUCCUUUCUUUCUCUCUCUCGUAUUUAUCUUUAAUUAAUUCAUGCUGAUCUUCAGUCUUUUAGUUUAUGCUCUUGCAUUGUCCGUUCAGGCAGGAAUUAUCAGCAGUCGUGACGAAAAGCCCACUUGUAGAAGCUAUCAUACGGAUUUCACAAAGUCAAUUGAUGGAUGGACUGAGGUCAGAGGUGCAACUAGAACAUGGGAGGUGACGCCAGAGGGGUUGAAGCUUAAGUUGUUGCGUCCUGAGAGGUUCAAUAGACUGAUUGAUACUAGUUCACCAAAUAGGCUUGCGUAUAAUGAUGCUGAAGGAGAAGGUGCCACAUUCAACGCAUCAACCUACAUGCUAUACGGUCGGUUCUCUGUCACUCUCAAGUCAGCAAAGGUAGGAGGAGCGGUCACUGCGAUGAUCUUAAUUGCUGACGAUAAGGAUGAAAUCGACUAUGAGUUACUGGGUAAAGGAAACGGCUUAAACGAGCAAGUGCAAACCAACUAUUUUUGGGGUAAAAAUAUUGUCUAUGGAAAGAAUGGAGGCGAACAUGAAGUAGAUGGCUCUAUAUCAUCGCAGUUCCAUACUUAUGAAAUUGAUUGGUCUCCAGAACACAUCAAAUGGUCUGUUAAUGGUAACGUCAUUAGAAUCAAAAGUCGACAAGAAGCCAAUGGAGAAUAUCCUACAUCCCCAGCCCGUGUCCAAAUAGGCUUAUGGGACGGAAGUAGACAAAGUGGUACAGCCGAUUGGGCUCAUGGGCCUAUUGAGUGGAAUGGACUUGGUAAUGAAAUUACUGCCACCAUCAAAAGCGUCGAGAUUGAAUGCAAUCCGGAAUACAAUAUCAUCAUUCAUUAGACAAGGAAAGAAAGAAAAUAUUUAAUAAAACUUGCAUAUAUUCAUCAUAACACGCAUGUAUCUAUUCUGUCGUCCGCCCGCGCGCGGCAACAUUCGCC